CGGUCGGGAUUUUUUUUUAAGUCAAAAACCACAGCAAAAAAAGGAUAUUUAUCUAUUUUUAUUUUUAUUAAACUUGUUUACUUAAAAAAAAAUAUGCCUGGAUAUUCCGACAGAGACCGCGGCAGAGACAGAGACAGAGGGUAUGGCGGCGGCCCUCCCCGUUUUGGUGGCAACCGCGGAGGCGGCGGCGGAGGAAAGUUCGGUAACCCCGGCGAACGGCUGCGGAAGAAGCAGUGGAACCUCGACGAACUCCCAAAGUUUGAGAAGAACUUCUACCAGCAGCACGCCGACGUCGCGCGGAGGUCUCCGCAAGAAGUCGAACAGUACCGGAGAGCCAAAACCAUCACAUUUAAGGGGAGAGAUUGCCCAAAUCCCAUCAUCAAGUUCCACGAGGCCAACUUUCCAUCGUAUGUGAUGGAUGUGAUCAACAAACAGAACUGGACUGACCCGACGCCCAUCCAGGCUCAGGGCUGGCCUCUGGCUCUCAGCGGAAAGGACAUGGUGGGAAUCGCACAGACCGGCUCUGGCAAGACGCUUUCUUAUUUGUUGCCUGCAAUUGUGCACAUCUGCCACCAGCCUUUCUUGGAGCGCGGAGAUGGUCCCAUUUGUUUGGUGCUGGCCCCGACCCGUGAGCUGGCUCAGCAGGUGCAACAGGUAGCUGCAGAAUACGGCAGAGCUUCUCGCCUAAAGUCCACCUGCAUCUACGGUGGAGCGCCCAAGGGACCGCAGAUCCGUGACCUGGAAAGAGGUGUGGAGAUCUGCAUCGCCACUCCGGGAAGGCUCAUCGACUUCCUCGAGGCCGGAAAGACAAACCUCCGUCGCUGCACUUACCUGGUGUUGGAUGAGGCUGACAGAAUGCUGGACAUGGGUUUUGAACCACAGAUCCGAAAAAUUGUCGACCAAAUCAGGCCCGACCGUCAGACUCUGAUGUGGAGCGCCACUUGGCCCAAAGAAGUCCGCCAGCUGGCUGAGGACUUCCUGAAGGACUACGUGCAGAUCAACAUCGGGGCGUUGCAGCUCAGCGCCAACCACAACAUCCUGCAAAUCGUGGACGUCUGCAACGACGGAGAGAAGGAGAACAAACUCAUCCGUCUGCUGGAGGAAAUCAUGAGCGAGAAAGAGAACAAAACCAUCAUCUUUGUAGAGACGAAGAGACGCUGCGAUGACCUCACCAGGAGGAUGAGGCGGGACGGGUGGCCCGCUAUGGGAAUCCAUGGAGACAAAAGCCAGCAGGAGAGAGACUGGGUUCUUAACGAGUUCAAAUACGGAAAGGCUCCGAUUCUCAUUGCCACAGACGUCGCCUCCAGGGGUCUAGAUGUUGAAGAUGUGAAAUUUGUCAUCAACUUUGACUACCCCAACAACUCUGAGGACUAUAUCCACCGCAUUGGCCGAACGGCUCGUAGCCAAAAGACAGGCACGGCCUACACCUUCUUCACUCCCAACAACAUGAGGCAGGCCAGCGACCUCAUCUCUGUGCUCCGCGAGGCCAACCAGGCGAUCAACCCCAAGCUCCUCCAGAUGGCGGAAGACAGAGGAGGUCGUUCAAGGGGAGGCAGAGGUGGCGACUAUAGAGACGACCGUCGGGAUAGGUAUUCUGGAAGGCGUGAUUUUGGCAGUUUUAGGGACCGGGAUAACGGAAGCAGGUUUGACAACGGACCAAACAAAGCCUUUGGCACAAACACACAGAACGGAGGCUACGGGGGCAACAACAGCGCCAGCAGCUACAACGGAAGCAGCUACAACGGCAACGGACAGUCCAACUUCAGCAACAACCAGACGGGCGCCUUCGGAGGUCAGAACUUCCAGGCUCAGCAGUUCGCUCUCGGUAAGGGCGCCGCGCAGACGGGCGCCGCUCAUCCCCCGUUCCCCUUCCCCCAGGCACAGGCGCCGCAGCAGCACCCCCCGCCGCUGGUGCCGUACCCGAUGCCUCCUCAGUUCUCUCAGUAAAAACACACCACAAACUUGAAAGAAGUAAUUUAUUGCUUUUUUGUCUUGUUUUAAGUUCUACACUUGAUCCAGAAUUUUUUUGUAUUCACACGACAGGGUUUCAAACAACGUCGACCUCUAUUACGCCUUUUAAGAUCUGCAGUGCAGCAGUAGUGGUGUUGCGCACUUGUUUUCCUAUUUAAUUUGUUACAUUCCUCAGUAACGUUUAGUUAUGUUUUGUACUAGGUAAUUACAAAUGUAUUGAUUUUUUUCAUGUGUAUCAUUGAAAGUGAUGUUAAGCUCCGAACUUGGAAGUGCACUGCAUGAUCUUUCAAAUAAAACCCAAAAAGAGA